GCGCGCACUCACUUGGUCUCGCGCUCAAGCAGAACACACGCUCUUCUUCCUCAGCGCACCAGUCCGACUGAGAUCUGAGUGCUCUGAACAUACUGAGGGAAUUCGACAGCAGCCCCUGACAUUUUGUUAUUUUUAACAUUUAAAUUCGAAGUUUGUCAAGAUUAUGUGAGAAAUAGUUUAAAAGUUACGGAAAGAACAAUGAUUUAAUCGUCAUUUAUGAUCUGAGGGUGGUAUUGAUGUACGGGUCUUGACGCACAGACGGACACGCGCGGGUUUAUGAAGAGGUGUGAAGUCACGGUGUCGCCUUAUUCUUAGCUGGAUGUCGCACUUGCUCAUACAGUUUUACGCUAAUAUUAUGGUGGACAGUGGAAGCACGUGAAACUGGUAUAUUACGGGAAUGGCUUUCCAAAGACGUUUCAUUACGACAGGUAAAUCAAUAUGCACACAGGUUUCAUAUUAAACUGUGGACGUCUUCAUAAGCCUUUCACCUGUGAAUAAACACUGCCAGAAUGGAGACAUGGACGUUCAUUUCCAAUAUGUCCUUCUCUAAGCCCUUUCUUAAUGAUAGCUUCUUCCCAGGGAAUGAAUCCGACUUUGGUCUGGAAAUUUACCCCCACAAUGGCUCUCACUCCGGCUUUGACAAGACCAGUUCAGUAGUCAUCACGUUUGUCUAUUUUGUAGUAUGUGCAGUGGGGCUCUGCGGUAAUGCCCUGGUCAUAUACGUCAUCCUCCGAUAUGCCAAAAUGAAGACGGUCACAAACAUUUAUAUAUUAAACUUGGCCGUAGCAGAUGUGCUGUGCAUGCUGAGCCUGCCCUUUAUUGCCAUUCAACUAGCACUUCUCCACUGGCCCUUUGGGGUCGCUAUCUGCCGUAUCGUCCUGACCGUGGAUUCAAUGAACCAGUUCACCAGCAUAUUCUUUUUGACAGUCAUGAGCUUCGAUCGCUACCUGGCCGUGGUGCAUCCAAUAAAAUCCACCAAAUGGCGAAAGCCGCGUGUGGCCAGAGCUAUCAGCCUGGCCAUGUGGGGUGUGUCUCUGCUGGUCAACAUACCGAUUAUGAUCUACAGCGGCGUGAACGCUAAAAUGAACGAAGCACGGACGUGCACCAUGCUGUGGCCGGAGCCACAGAACAACUACUACACCGCUUUUAUCUUCUAUACGUUUUUCUUGGGCUUUUUCCUACCGUUGAUAGUGAUCUCCAUGUGCUACCUGCUCAUCGUCAUUAAGGUGAAGUCUUCGGGCAUGCGGGUUGGCUCAACAAAACGGAAGCGGUCGGAGAGGAAGGUCACACGCAUGGUGUCCAUUGUGGUGGUGGUGUUUGUGCUUUGCUGGUUACCUUUUUAUGUAUUUAACGUGACCUCUGUGACUGGAACUGUGCCGUCCACACCUGUGCUGAAGAGCACUUUUGACUUUGUUGUGGUUCUGGGUUAUGCAAACAGCUGCGCCAAUCCCAUUCUAUAUGCCUUUCUGUCAGACAACUUUAAGAAGAGUUUUCAAAACGUCUUGUGUUUGAAAAGAGUCAGCGGCUUGGAUGAGAUCGAGCGCAGCGACAGUCGACAGGACAGGACUCGAAUGGUCAACGACGUCAUGACAGAGACACAUAACGCAGCGCUGCUCAAUGGAGACCUACAGACCAGCAUCUGAGGAUUGCGGUUUUGGCCUGAAAGUCAUUGCUGGGAUUUGUUAAAUCAAAUAAACAGUUCGUAAAAAUGGGAAAUUCCCUCAUUAUCUGUUAUGAGAAACUUUCAAACUCUGUACGGAAAAUGUAUCUAAGUGUGCUCUCAAAAGGAGAGAUGAAGUAUUUAAGAUCAAUGCUAAAACUUUGCUUAUGUAAUUUAUUGACAUAGUAUGAUACUGUUUGAACAAUAACUCCGAAACAUUUGGUCUGCGUGUGCUUUCUGAGAUAUUUUACCAGGAGAUGCUUUUGGAGAAAUCAGUCUGACUGUUCUUCUGAAUUUAAGCGACGAUUAGAACAUGCUAAAAAUGUGAUUUACUGUAAAUAACUGUAGUUGUUUCACUCUGUGUCACUGUCUGAAAAGAAGCUGUAGUAUUGAUCUGUGUUAUGUUCCCUAAUGCACCAAAACUGUCUUUACAUGUCAGAGAGAAGUACAGUAUUUUUCUUAUUUAA